AUGCCGACUGAAGGAGUGUGGAUUUCGCCAUCCGGGGUCAAAAAAGUCAUCCCGCUGGAGAACAACCCCGAAGUCUUCACAUCGCUUCUCCACGAUCUAGGCCUGUCUCAUGAGCUAGGCUUUUAUGACGUGUACAGUAUCGACGAUGCCGAAUUACUCGCCAUGAUCCCGCGUCCGGCGCAUGCUCUCAUAUUUAUUACGCCGGCCAAGAUGUACUAUGCUUCCCGCAAAGAAGACGGCAUUGCUUGCGAUAUGGCUGUGGAGGAGCUGACUUACAACAAGACCGCCGACGACGACCACAUUAUGUGGUUUCGCCAAACAAUUGGGAAUGCCUGCGGACUCUAUGCGCUGAUUCACUCUGUUGCAAAUGGGCAAGGAAAUAGAUACGUGCAACAAGGUUCGCUCCUAGAUCGGCUUUUUACAGAGGCCAAGCCCCUGCGGCCUGAGCCGCGCGCCAGAGUGCUCUACGACAGCCAAGAGUUGGAAAAGGCUCACAUGAAGGCAGCAAGAAAGGGCGAUUCUGCACCACCUCUGGCAGAGAGUCAUCCGCCCUACCAUUUCAUUGCCUAUGUCAAAGGUCAAGAUGGCCAUCUAUGGGAGCUCGAGGGUAUGACUAACGGGCCAGUGGACAGGGGCCUGCUCGGGCCAGAGGACGAUGUUUUGAGCCCCAAAGCUCUGGAGCUCGGUAUUCGCAAGUUUUUGAACCAUUCCGAGGGUGAUCCGAAUUUCAGCAUUGUGGCGCUGUCCAACAAGGACUAA